AUGCAUUCUCAGCUUGACUCUGAGCUGGACUUGCUUUGCGAUGACGACGCUUCCGAACGUAUAACCUUCGCAUCCGCCCCGCUCAUUACGCACGAGGCCAUCCACGUCUUAGGCGAGGAUAUCUCCCGUUGUCUGUCAUUAUAUGGAUCAGCCUUGGACCCCUUGGUACAAGGUGAAGAGGACGGCUUUUCGAACGUCAAAAAUCGCACCGCCCUUUUCUCGAAUUCGAAUGUGCCGUUUCAUGCGCUUGUCUCCGGAUUACCCACCUUUGGACGCGAGAUGACGCUGGCGGCUUUGGUUGAGAAUGCGCUCACGGUUGAGCCUCGCCAAGGUCAAAGAACCCGGAGUGUCCUUGCACUCCGCGUGGAACCAAGUACGGGGCUUGCCAUUGGUCCUUCUUCUCUUGCGUCCUUGUUCGGAAACGACGAUGCUCGCACGCCUGAUGGGAAGGCACCGACGGCCUCAAUUCAUGUAUUGCCGGCUUCAUUAACAUACAUGCAGAGGACGUACGCAAAUCACCCGGACGUUGAAGUACGAGCACUGCAAUUUCAAGCCCAAGAUUUGACAGGGGAACGGCUCAUGCGUUAUUUCCGUCCUAAUGGUUGCCAUGGCGCGUUCUCACCUGCUGUACAAUGUCUGAAUGCCUUUCUAUAUUCACUGAAAGAAUAUGACUACGAGGCACUCGCUCUUACGAUAGAAGCUCUUCCGUCAGAAUCAGCGGAGUCCGCACAAAUGCGCUGUCGUUUGGCUCUCCUGCGGGAGUGUACGGCGUCGUCAUCGACAAAGCCUACACCUGAAGCUACAGUUUCAAAUGGUUCUUUGACAAUCGUCCACCUAGCUUCACCUUUCCUGGAUACUGAUAGCGUCAUGGCACUUCUGGAACUCGUUGCCGUUGUAUAUAUGAGUUGCGUCUCGAUAACGCACAAAGUUCUAGUGCUCGAAAAUAUAUAUGCAAGCGCAGAUGGCGUCGAUAAUACCACAUUCACGGAGACUGUCCAGAGUAUCAUGAGAGAUUCAACUCGAUACGGCACCAGUGUUUAUAUCGCGCAGGCUGAGCUACCAGCGGUACCAGCUCGGCUGAUGCCGCAUAUUUCCGCUGUUUUCCUGCAUAGGAUCAGUUCCCCUUCUUGGUUCAAGUACCUUAUGCAGCAUGUGCCGGUGAACUCUCACGAAAGAGAUGCCAUAUUUCGGAAGCUUAUUGGCUUGACGGAUCGAGAGGCGAUCCUGUUAGCACCUACGGCGGCAAUAGUAGGGAACGGGGAUCUUGGGCAAGAUGGCUCGACCACAAAUGUCACCCGUCUUGGAAUGGGCCAUCUGGUUGUCCGGCCGAGAACCUCUUCCACUCCCAUCGCCAACAUUUAUGCAUCUCACGAGCGGCAAGCGAUCGCGGCGUUUGCGGGGCUCUCCUCUCCUCCACUCACGGUCGACAGUGACUCGUUAGCGGAUUCAAGCGCCGAUUCUACUCCCCCCAUAUUAGCGCAGGAGAACCAGCGUCAACGAUUCAUUCCGGAGACACAUGCCACAACCAUAUCUGUACAAAUCGCCGAUGAAAAUCGUCUUGAUGUUGACGGUCCUGUUCUUGUCCUGGGAACGUCUGGGCGGCGGGAAACGAGGUCAUCUGCCAGUGAGGCCCCUCAGCCAGCUGAUAGCAAGAUAUGGACAGCACAAUACCGUUUCUUGCCACUCGUCAGCCUUCUUGACAAGGAGGAGUUGCGUAGAGGCACCAGUAUACCCUGGAGUAUCUUGGAUGACCAUCUCGCUUCUCUUCCAUGCUCGCCUCUCCGGCCUGCUGAAGACGUUACGGCCUACAUCAAAAGUGCGAUCGAUGAGGGUAUUCUAGAAGCGGGAAUCAGAUCCGAGCCACCCGCCCUUCGUUGGGCCAAGUAUGGGCAUCUCGUGUUCAUUUUGCAAUUGCUGCAUGCGGAAGGCGACUUUCAUCCUAAGAGAGUCGACGUGGAAGCUCGUGGACGCAGCCUUUUCCCUGAUACAUGGGACUCCCGUAUGACUCUUCGCCGCUUGAUGGACGCUCGACGCGAAAGUGUCGUAGAAUGGGACUUGUAUGCGGGUCGUAUGAGACUGGCGACGCCCAUCGCAGGCACUGUCGAUGGACAAGAUACGCAAGCAGUUUCACGAGUCGAUCUGGAUGACCUGAAAUCGACACCGACUCGAAAAUCUUUGGGAACGGAAUCCCCACGCAUUAGCUCUCCACUUAACCCCACAGCACCGGCAUUCAGGCUUGCGAACGAUGCUAGAACCCCAGAACACACCGCCGGAAUGGCUCAGGGUUUCCCUGGUUCAAGAAUUAGUGCCGACUCAGAGCCUUAUCUCACCUCCCUCACGACUCGAACACCGGAGAAUGUUCGGAAUGCGUCUGAGCCAAGGUAUAUCGCGCUCUAUUCUCCCUUGAUAGACUUCUUCAAGCUCAAACGCCUUGCCGGCGUUCGUCGAGUCACACUACGUCAACUUGCCGACCACUUGAACGGCCUUUCCAACCCACCGCAUACCACCAUGGGGCUCCUCAGAUAUAUCUCUGGUGCCGUAAGCCUGUCGCUCAUCGCGGUGAAGGGCCCUGACCAUGACUCAUACGUUGUUUUACACAACAUGGGGCCCCUUAUCUGGGUACUUCUUGGCCUGCGUGCUGAGGGCAUCCGUCAACCUUCGCCGGAAAAGGUCAUUGCGCGUGGGAUUGAGUUGGCAUUCCCUGGAACCAUUGCUUUCCGGUAUUUCGAAUCAUAUCUGCAGGCUGCGAUUCACAUGGGCCUCGUUCGCCUCCACGACAAGAGAUUAGAGCUCGUCGCCGAUGAAGUUGACUCGGACGUGCUCGAGGAUCUUGAUCGAACAGACGCGCUCAGCAUCGCCCUCGCAAAAACCGUCGAUCCUGAGGCCGACGGUGACGAGGACGACCAGUCCGAUACAACUCAGGUGUCGAUUAUUCGGACAGUGGACGUCGGAGAAGCGGCCACGAUAUCUUCCGUUGCGCGCGUGGUCCCUCCCGUAACCUUACAUGGAAGCGAAGAGUCAGCAAUAUCGGAAUGCACUUCACGCGGCCUUUCGCCGUUGGCUACGAUGUUCGUGCCUUCUACCAAGGCUCACGAUGGCGACGCUGUCCUCGCAGCCGGGAGUGAAACGAGUCCUGCACCACGAAAAGAGCAGCGCAGCUUCCAAACUGACGCGGAAUCCGCAUGGACCCGUUUUUCGCCGUUGGUUUACCUCUUGAUCCAGAAUGCCGCCGUUGGCAAACGGGUGACGCAAGUUCGCGACGUGCUGCGGCAUCUCGCAUUGAGGAUACCUUCCUUCGACCCGACGCGGCGGGACGGGGCAUAUCUGACGGAUGCUCGUCAGCUGUACUUAAUUGACAUACAGGAGGGUCAAACCUGCAUGCAGGUUACGCUCCAUCAUGCUUGUCCCCUAGUAUGGACCUUAAUCAACUUCGGCAAGGAAGGACAGGAGCGACCGUCGGUGUCGGAAUUGGCGCAACGCGGGAAUGUUCGAUUUGCUGGCACGGGUAUGCCACUCAUCGAUGGAAAUUACCUCCAGCGUUUCGGCCAGUCCGGUGUGGUUGAAUGGGAUGUGACGCUGGGUUGCGCCGGCCUCACAAACUCUAUGCAAGAUCUCCUGGCUGCGAACGCGGGUGCGGCAGUAGAAUCAAGGGCGGUCUUACACGCGUUGCUAUCGCAAGAACCAGUAGCGCAGACCAUGACGACACCCACGCAAGCACCUGUUCCGCGAGCCUUGACACCCACCGAACAGGGGGUGAAGGACAAGUCCCCAGGGCGGCAAGAAGGGCUAGGCAAUUGCAGCUGGUCACCAUUACUUCCAGACCUGGGGAUAUUUCAACCCGUCGCUCGUCUUCUCGCUGAACAUCAUCCCAGACGAAUCUCUCGGUCCAUCAUUGAAGCUUUCUUUGACCGUCUAGGUUCUCGCCCUUAUCCCACAGGCAAGCUCAACAAAUAUUUAUCGGAUGCAGCAGCCGUACGGAUUUUACGUAUGUCGGACCCCAGCAAAGAUGACUGGGUGGAAAUCCUGCCGAUCGAGAGAUUUUGCCCCUUGAUCCAGAUCUUGCGCUUCGAUGAACGCUUGCUCAUCGGACUUGUUACGCGAAGACUGGUUGACGAUUACGGGAUACAGCUGAAGAAAGUGAGCGGGACGAUCAAGACGUAUGAAUCUCAUGGUCUCGUACGCACCGUAUCUGAUCACAUAUGCUUGACGUCGAGAGUGCGUCUUUAG